GCUUUGCUCAUCUCCGCUUUCACGCGUCAAUACUCGAGGUUUCCUAUUUCUUUUACAGGGAAAUUGUUUCAUCUAGCUCGCUCAAAAUAUUACUUCAAACCCUAACCCUAGUUUCGCCGGUAAAAUCUCUGCAUCGAGAAUCGACUACUGUUGAAGCAAUGGCGACUAAACCAGUUGCAACUGAGGCAAUUGCUCUUACGGAGAAGAAAAUGGAUAUGGCAUUAGAUGACAUCAUCAAAAUGUCUAAAAAUAAAGGAAGCAAGUCUAAUAGACAGCAGAGGGUUCCGAACAAAAGUCAGAAAAAUUUCAAGAAUGCUGCUCAACAGAAGUCCUUUAAAGUGCAGCAGUAUAUGGACUCUAGAUCAUCUCUUAGACAGGGAGUUUUAGCUCGGAGAAGGUCAAAUUUCAAGGGUAAUCAAUUUCCCUUUGCAUAUGAGGUUGCUCAAAAGGCUGCAGUUGGUUCUCUUCGCGGCAGACCUUUUAAUCGCCGUGCGGUUCCUGUCUCGAACAAAGCAAGGGUUGGAUCUUUCAUGGUUCGGAGGCCUGCUAAUUCAAAUGUUGCUCCGAAGCAGCCAGUGGAGGGGAAGCAGCAACAAGGGAUUUCUGGUGCGAAGCAGAGGCCUCAAACACUGGAUUCGCUAUUUGCCAAUAUGAAGGAGCAGAGGAUGAGGAAGAUAUCAAGCCAGAAUAAUGCUGUGAGACACAAUGGAGGUGGUGGCCAACCCAGGGUUCCUUGGGCAAGAGGCCGCUUUGGCAACUAAGAUUUCCAUCCAUUGAAGAUUUCAACUAGAUUUGUUUUCAUGGUGCUAAAAGAACAGAGUGUCGAGGUAGCUGAUUGUCAUUUUGGCCUUCUGUGUUCCCAGAUAAUGCAAGUUCACGGGGGAGGGUGGCCCAAUUGCCCGAUGGAUCUAUAGUGUUUGGUUUUAAUAUUGUUGGUGGUUUGGUAAACUGAAUUCCAAUAAUGCACUAGUUUCACUUUGCUUGGCAUUGUAUAGCAGUCUUCUAUUCAGGAAAUCCUUAAACCUUUUUUCUUGCUCAAAUUAUCUCUUGGGAUCUGUUGUGAGUUC